AUGGCCAAAAGUUAUGGAUUUCCUGCUGCGCUCGAUACAUACAACCAAGAUAUAGAUACUCCUAUUUUCGUUACGCCUCCAGCCACUUCCACAUCAACAUUUUACGACGCAUUCUCACCUACAUCCCAUACCUAUCUGGUCUUACCUUAUUAUCCUUGUAUCAUACUGGACAGCUCUGAAAAUAAAAUGGUAUACACGCGGGACAUAGGAAUUCUGACACAAAAUCAAAGCUUGAACCCCAGCAGCUCAGUCACUAAGAAAGCCAAGGCCAUUCUUGGAAGGGAGCAAAGACUCGAAAACCCAACAGCAACAGAAAUACUGGAUCACCUUAAGCAAAAGCUCAAGGCUAUGGCUAAAAAGCUCCGACGGUAUAAGGAAAGUAACACAAGACGUCAACACAAUAGUCAGUUUAGCAGGAGUGAAAGGAGCUUUUAA